AUAUUUAUAUCGAGCAUUUGCCAGUUAGAAUGUCAGUUAAUUCUUAAAUUUUUAAAAUCAAGACUCAUCCGAAUUAGCACACAUUCAAAAUGGUUGUCCCUGGAAAAUAUAGUGUAAUUGGGGAAGAAAAUUUAAUUCAACAUCUCAAAGAAGCUGGAAUACCAGAAGAUCAAGUUAAAAGCGGUGGUCAGUUCUCUAUUGAAAUCAAACAAGACGGUAAUAAAUUUACAAUUACUAAAACUGUUAAUAACAAAUCUUCAGAUAUCUCAUUUAAUAUUGGAGAGGAAUUUGAAGAAGAAUUUUUUGGCCGCAAAGUUAAGUUUAACGCAAAACUUAAUGGAGAUGUUCUUGUAAUUUCCAAUGGAGACCAUACUAGGACUUUCAACUUCACGAGCACUGGUUUGGAAAUUGUAAGUAAAUGUGUAGUUUGUAGUUAGAAAAGUUAUGGUGAUGUUAGAUCAGGGCGGAGCCCAUUUGUGAGCCCUUCAGACAUUUAGGCCUCCUAAGAGUUAGGAAAGUUAGUCCAGUCAGCAGAUAUUUGCUCUCUAAAACGAGAUGAACAAGCUGGAUUUUGCUGGGGAUGUCAAUUUUCCCAAAAAAUAUGCAAAAAGUUUGCCACUCCUACUCCUGGGCUUUCCUCUAAAACCCCUCUUGCAGGAAAAUAUUUUCUAAGAAUCCGUAUGCCGGUAGAAACAAAAAAUGUUUUCAAUAAGAAAUUUAACUGAUAUAAUUUUGAAAAAAAAAAUCUGUUAACAUUUUUUGUGUUGACUGAACCGUUCUCUCAGAAACUAUGCUUGAAGUUGUGAUGUCCUCUCGUAGGAGUCACUAUCCGGGUAGCUUUUAGACAGUCAGAGACAGAGUUCAAAACAAAAAUAAAACUUUAUUGUCUUCCUUAAAUUAAAUUGACAAAAAAUCUUAUGUACAUAUUAACAAUUUGGUUUAGUCUUCUCAGUACCUGGCCUAUUUAUUCAAAUUAAGUUUGACCUUGUCAUAUGAAAUUAGUUUUAUCGGCAAGCGAAUGUGUAUUUGAAAUUUUACGGGAACGUUGUCUCGAUUUAAUAACAGCGGACGAUAGGUACAAAGAAAGGAAAGGAACUCAACACGUCCCUUAAGUGAUUCGGGUUAAUAGGACACUCCUCGACAGUCUCAACACGACUGCUUCAGAGUAUGGGUAGUAAAGAGAUCAACACGCUCUUCGGGUAACGGCGGUAUGGGACAGAACAACUUGUGAACUCAACACGUCCACAAGCCGGGGUAGGGAAGAAGAGAACCUUCAGUAAACACCUGUCGAUUCCCCUUCUAUGAGGAAUUGUUGCGGUUUAUAUAGCGGAGCUUGGUAAUUAGUUUUGCCCUUUCUACUAUCGGUAUACUUCUACUUCAUGGGUUGGUUCGCGCGCACGCUGGUUUAACGGUGAUGGCUUGGACUCAUCGUUACAAAGUCACCAGCGAUUAUAAAUGUUAGUUAAGCGUGCGAAAUCAAUUUUUUAAAUAAAGUUUGUAUCAACUCGAUGGUAAAGAUAGUAAAGCUAAAAAGGGUGCCGCUUUCGUAUCCAAUUGAAUUUUGUCGCAAAUGGAGUCAGUUUCUAUAAAGCUGUUAAAUAAAUACUUGCGCGAUUUUUGUCAUCUUUUACGAUUCUUAUGAAAUCAAUAAAUUUACCUUAAAAUUUGCUUCUUCCGAUGUGAAAGUAUAUACAAACAAUAUGAAUUUUUCAAUGUUUUUUGUGGUAUAUGCUAUGCUUAUCCUACGUAUUUAGGGAGACUUGCCAAUAUUGUACCACUUAAACAGACUCUGUAGGAUUUUCACAUUUCUUUUUUACUUUGUUUAUGCUGUGAAGAAGCUGUGGAGAAAUUUUUCUUCUUCACAGCUUCUUUAUUUCUUUUAAGACUAGUUUUAUCUUUUAGUGUUAUUUUUGGACCACUUACAAGUUUCUUGAACGAUUUCGGUUUAACCUUCUCCAAUUUCAUUUUCAUUUGUUUUAUCUGUUCCUGUGCUAACUGUAGCUGUUUAGCUAAUUCUAAUUUAUUUUUAUAGAGACUUCCCGACAAAUCCAUUACCUUUUGUGCUGUUCUCUUCUUGGAUUUUGGAUGACAUUAUAGUCGUACUAAACUCACUUUGGAACUGGGUAGCUUCAUGGCCUUCAUGGCUAUUUAAAUUUUCAUCCGCACAAAAGUCAUGAUUUUUAAAGACCGAUGUUCGGCAACCAUUGAUUGCAAUUUCAAUCUUGCUGCUCUACUAUAAGCUUCAGAAAUCAAGCCAGCUACGAAAAGUUAUGUAACACAUAAUCCGGGGUUAGAAUGAAGCCACCUAAUUAACUGAUUGAGUGUAGUAGCCUUUAAAAGACUUAAAUAAUGAUCUAUCCAAAGGCUGCACGCGAUGGGUCGUAUGCCCAGGCAAUUGUGACAUUAUUACACCGGACUCUCUAGUACUUAAAAUUGCUUCAAGAUUCUUGGAUUGCGUUAUAUGCCCAUCCAGUACCAAAAGAACUUUUUUCUACUGUUAGAUUUACAGAAUCAAUAAAAUACUAAAGCUAAUUUACAAAGAGAUCACUAGUCAUGCAGCCUGAUUCUGAUAUCUCAAUCAUACUCCCUGGUGGAGCACUAACCACCGAAUUAUUGUUCACUCACAUAUGCUUAAAUAUAAGCAUAGGUGGAACGUAAAUUCCUGAAGUACUGGCACAGCAAACAGCUAUCGCGAUGACUCCACGUUCUUCACUGGACACAGAACCAACUUACCUUUUAUCUUUUUGUACAAAAACGGUUUAGCAUUUGUUCUGAACAAUGCUGACACCAAUUUCGUCAACGUUAAAUAUUCGAGUUGAAUCAAUAUUAUUCUCAUCAACAAUUUUUUCCAGAAUGCCGAAAAAGACAAACAUUUCUUUUAUUGAAUCCUUUUGUGCGCAUCAUGGACGUUGCUUGAGGUUCUCUCAGUGAGAUUAUGUUCUUAUGACGAGCUUUGACAGCAUAAAACCACUUCUUUCCCGCCAUUUGGAAUUCCUUAUUAAAAUUAUGUGGUAUUUGAUUUCUCUCGGCGAUUUGAAAUGCAAGCCGUCGAACAUCAUUGAUCGAUAGGCCAAACAUAAACGUCUCCAGUUUUAAAAGGUGAUCAACUAGCUCCUUCUCCACUGCUGUUGGGAACACACUGCCUCGGCCAGAGGCCUUCGUUUUUUCAUUUGCCUUGACAUUGGUCCUCUUAAGGUGAUGGAGCAAUGUAGACUCCAUACUGCCUGCAGCAUUCAUCUAAUCCCACAUCUCGGCUUAUAUUAAGAGUCCGGCUCAUGUUGCCCACAUUACCUUGUCCCAUAUUUUCCUUCUGUCAUCAAAAGCACACAACGGUAAUUUAUGUGUAAUUGUUAUUUUAAAGUAAAAACGGUAUGUGUUAUUUACUUAUUUUUGAAAAUAAGUAGGUUUUAAGUAAGCAAUGGUAUCUAAAAUUGCACCGGUACAAUAUAUGUAGGCAACUUCGUGUGGUCCAAUAUGGGAAACUUGCACUUUAUGUAAAUAAACUACGAUUCCUAACCCAAAAAUGGUUCUUCAAAGGGAAACAACUCAGUGUUAUACACCUAAAUAAAUGUUUUUCUUGUAUUUAUAAAUCAGAAUGGUUUGCACAUAUCUUUACAGAUGCUGUAACCUUACGUCUGGAACUAGAAAACUAUACUGAAACACCAUGAAAUAAAAAAAAAUCGAUAAAAGAAAAUCGACAAAUGUGAACGUUGAAAAACUACAGCAAUCAAAUCUAGGUAGUAAGUAGUUCAACUUAACGACAUAAGAGCGAUCUGGCUUCUUCAUAAAGGAUAAAUACGGCGGUGGUACAAUAUUGGCGACGGUAAAAUUUCGGCUACUUUCCCCUACUAAAAAAAAUAUACUCCAACGAUUGUUGGUAGUACCUAUAUGCUUCGAACAUAAUUGUUAUGUGGGUACCCCUAUUAAAUAUACUAAUAGUGGUGUGAAUAUUUCUGCUAAAAUACUUUUUAGUAUAUUGAUAUAUUUUUUUAUUUCUAGGUCUAUAAAUCAUCUAAAAGCACAGCAAAACUCAUUUUCAAGAAAGUCUGAGUCGAGAAUACUCGGCUCGCUGAUCGCAGUCGCAAUAAAAAUUAUUUCCGACAUUAUUUGUUGAAUUGGGUUUCAGUUAAUACGUUUUCACCAAUAAACUUUUUUU